CUUCCAGGUGUAAAGACUGUUCCUGUGCCUCUCAUUUCUCUUGAUAGUAUUGACAGAGCAAGAAGUAGGCGGAAGACACGGGUGGUCUCCACCUCAUCCUCAACGGGAGUGAACCCUAGUAGGGAGCCCAAACGAGGUCUAAAGAUUGACCAAGGCAGACCUGAACCCCAUUUAAUAAAAACACCGUCGAAGACUUACAGUAGAUGCGUCAAUAUCAUGACAGCGAAUCCAAAUGCAACUCCGUGGUCAACUGGUCCUCCUGACAGCCCUUUCAGAGGACAAAAGAGCUCUUGGAUCCAAUCAAAAAUGAAAAAGAAUUGGCAAAUUUUAGAACAGCCUCUGAAAAGUAGUGUGUCAAAUGAAGUCUCGAAGUCAUUUUCUGCUGGAACAGUGACAGUUGAAGUAAGUGAGAAAUCGGAGUUGACGAGCAGUCAUUCCAUGGAAAAGAAAAUUAUCGCUACAAGUGGAAACAACGAUGAUAGUCCUGUGAGCAAACCCCAAAACUCCAGAAGUCUCACAAAAUCACGAUCACAAUCUUCAUCCCAUACACCCUCUUUCUAUGGCGAGGUGUGGCGUCCCAAAUUGUUUCGUCAAACACCCAAACGAUCCAAAUCCUCGGCUUCAGAAGUAAUGGAAAAUGCGAACCCUUCCAAGGCAUCGGUUGAAGUGUCUCUAACACACACUCCAACUCUUCCAUCUCCAAUAAAGGAUUCCUUUCAGUUAAGCAGAUAUCACAAGAAGGAAAAUUCCUCCAACUCCUCACCGAAGAGUGACGAAGAUGGUGAAAAUUGUGCAGACAAUUCACCGACACCGUGUGAAGCCUUGAAAUUGACUCGCGAUGGCCGAAAUCCUGUUGUGUAUGGAAAGUGGUUUGACUUUAACGACGACGUUGUAACCGAAGUUAGUUGUGAAAACUUUAAACACGUCUUCGAAGGUGUAGAGUGCGCUUACAUGCUGUUCUACAAACGAAUUGGUCAGUCAGUAACUUAG